AUGAAGAAAACCAUUACCUUGACCAGCAUGCUGGUAGCAGUAUCUGCCGCAGGAGGCUAUGGUAGUAACCCCAGUGGCUCUCCAGAACAAAACCAACAGACCGAACUCUACCUCGCAUACCUCAACAAGUCCUUGGCCGAGAACUAUCUUUAUGCUCUCAUUGCAUUAACAGCUCUUGUAUUUGUCUAUCACUCCUCAGUGCGAGUCAAUAACCAUAUCCGACACCUCUCUUCCCUCAAUGGCAACCCUGGAUCUCAGAAAUACUUCUCAACCUUGUCGCCAACCAUGGCCUGGAUGAAAGAUCAUAUACUCUUAGCUCCACUUUGGCAUCAUCGCAGAGCUGCGCCAAUCAAGUUCAGCAGCAAGAUCAAUCUAGGAGGACUGCCAACCAGAUUUCAAGCUAUCUUCAUCAGCUUUGUCAUUAUCUACAAUGUCUUUGCAUGUGUCUGGAACGUACCGUGGUCAGAUCCUGAACUUCAAGUGUUACCUAUCCUGCGAAAUAGAACAGGCACGUUAGCCACUGUCAACCUCAUCCCGAUUAUCAUCAUGAGCACCAUCAAGAACCCUCUCAUCAAUGCUCUCGAUAUCAGCUACGACUCCUUCAACCUUAUGCACCGCUGGAUCGGUCGACUUAGCAUACUCCAAGGUCUUGCUCAUACUCUCUGUUGGAUGAUUGCCAAGGUCAAGAAGGGCGGCUGGCCUGCCGUUACGGCUUCAUUUACACAUUCGUCGUUCAUAUAUACUGGUCUGAUCGCAACUGUCGGCUUCGUCGUUCUCGGAUUGCAGGCUCCAAAGAUGUUCCGCGCUUUAGCAUACGAAUUCUUCCUCCACUUCCACAUCGCUCUGGUAGCCAUGACAUUCGCUGGCCUGUGGAUCCAUCUGGAAGCAUUCCCUCAACUCAAGUAUCUCCUCGCUGCCAUAGUCAUCUGGGGUGCUACACGACUCUGGAGAUGGGCGACAAUGUUCUACAGAUCCUUUGCAUCAGGUGGACGUUCCUGCAAGGCGAUCAUCGAAGCACUGCCAGGUGAUGCGAUGAGAAUCGAGUUCCUUCUUCCUCGACCUUGGAAGGCUCAGUCUGGUCAAACUCUCUACUUUGGUGUCCCAAGUGUCGGCUGGUCGACGAUGCAUCCAUUUUCUGUCGCUUGGUCCGAAACAUACACGCACGGCGGCUUGUCCCGUAAUGCUUCAACAAAAACAACCUUUACAAAUCGUGCUGACCCAGAGAAGCACACGCUGAACCUUCCGUCGUCGCGCGCGAGAGAUAUGGACAUUGAGGGACCAAAGCACCACUCAUUCAGCCUCAUCGUCAAGAAGUAUGACGGCUUUACCCGUAAGCUGUACGAGAAGGCUGCUCGACAACCCCUAGGCACACCACUGACUAUCAGUGCUGUCGUCGAAGGACCCUAUGGCCACGCAAAAUCAUUGAACAGCUACGGCACAGUCUUGCUAUUCGCAUCGGGCGUCGGCAUCACACACCAGAUGUCAUACGUCCGCGACCUCGUGCAAGGUUAUGCCGAUGGGACUGUGGCCACUAAGCGAAUGACACUUGUCUGGGUCGUCCCUGAUACUGAAUGCCUCGAAUGGGUGAGACCAUGGAUGCACGAAAUCCUAGGCAUGGACAAGAGGAGGGAAGUGCUAAGGGUUCUCUUGUACAUCACGAGAGCCACACUCCGACAAGAGAUCAAGAGCCCAAGCGAGACCGUUCGCAUGAGCAGAGGCAGACCGGACGUUCUCAAGAUCAUGACUGAUGCUGCCCGAGAACAAAUCGGUUGUAUAGGAGUUUCAGUCUGCGCUGGUGGCGGGCUUGCCGAUGAAGUAAGACGUGCCUCGAGGUUCGUCGUUGGUUCAGGCGUCAAUCUUGACCUGAUCGAAGAGGGCUUCGGCUGGAGGGCUAUUCUUGGGCUACCAGAUCUCGACAGCAAGGUGAACGGUUCGUACAUAGUCUCUCAUUACCACAUGGAUCUCCUGGCAAGAGCCGGAGAACAAUAUCAGGCCAUGUCGUACCUGAGCAUAGUCUUCAGUCUUCUUGAUCUGCGCAACUCUUGCUUUUGA